CUUUGACGGCUGUGAUUGGUCGAUACGAAAAAACUGAAUCUCACUUUUGAGCAUCUGAAACUGAAGCUGAACGUGUCCAGACAAUGGAGAAGAUCCAGUGUAAUGUUCACGGUGGUUUGUGUAUGUUAAAAACCGGAGUGAAAGAUGGACCGAGCAAAGGAAAGAGCUUCUACGUCUGCGUCGACAGGCAAGGCUGUGACUUCAGUCAGGUGGCCAGCAUCUCGCCAUCCCACUGCCUCCAGCAUGAGGAUUCAAUGGUGGAGCUCCAAGCUCUCACCUACAGUCAGCAGCAGCAGAGCCACAGGUUAUUCUAUCGGUGUGUCAUAGGUAAAAAAGCAGGCCAGAGGUGGUGUGGAAGCGUACCUUGGACUGCGCCAGACAAAGAAAAGAGAAGCCCUCUAUCUGACAUGCAGCUCCAGCCCUCCUGUCUGCCACCUGUCCGAAAUCCCUUCAAGGCCCUUUCCAAGCUGGACAAGGACUCAGAGUGGAGAGGGAUGCAGUGUGGUGGAGGUAAGGAGAAGGGAAGAGAUGAGAAAGAUAGUGAGGCAAGUCACAAGGUUAAAGGAAGAGAAAAGAAAGAAAGUGUGAAGAGUGUUGGGCCACAAGUGGAAGAAGAGGAGAGAAAGAAGACUGAUUCCCCGGAUUCUUACCAAGGUAAACAGCUUCCACCAGGCAUGAAGAUAAAGAAAAGAGUUUCGGAUGAGGAGAGAAACGGUCCCAAAGCUCACGAGGUGGAAAACGUGACGGAUAAGAUUAAAAACAAGACUGAAGAGACCAACACUAUGCAGGGCAAAAUGGAAAAUACUAUUUCUACCUCCAGCGUCACUGCUUUUCAUCCUGAGAAAAUGAAUAAAACCUCACAGGAUUCUGCUACGGUUAUGCCACUACAACCAACCAAAGAUGUGGUGAAACAAUCUGACUCUGAGGUGAAAGAGAGCGUUUCAAAAUCUGCACCCAGCAGCAGAGACUCUUCUAGCACCAGUACCCCCACAAAUAACCAACCGACACAGUCCAGUCAAACCAAAAAUCCCCAAGAUGAUGACGACGAUGAUGUUGUGUUAGUGUCAGUGAAAACUGCCACUCCUCCUGUCUCUGCUGUACAAAAAACCCUGACCAGCUUCUCAGGGUUUCAGCCGGCGUCUAUGAUCAAAGAUCAACCGGAAGAUCCCAGAAAGCUGCACAGCCUGCUCACUGCUCAGCUUCAACAGAAGAAGGCCACUCUGUCUGUGGUGAACGUUUCGGCUCUGCCAGAUAAGGGGGAGAGGUUGAAGACUCAGGUCAAGGAUCUGGAGGAUGCACUGGAGUCUCUGCGCCUCACUGGUGCUUCUCAUCCAGAGUCCGAGGGUGAACAUCACAGCAGUGAUGUGAGACCAGGUAACAGUCAGUUCAACCCCUUCAGUCGACAAGGGGGCACCAUCCUGCUCCCUGCCCCUCCGGCUCCAGGCCCCUCCAGCAGUGCCCUGGGGCUCCAGCUGAGCCAGGGCUACACCCAGAUGUACGGAGCGAACCCGCAGGCUCAGGCCUUUUACGGUGGCAGAAUGACCAAUGACCGUCUGCUGGCGGUGAAAAACGCCACCUGCGAGGCAAUUGAUCACCUCCACAAAUCCCUGGAAUCCUGUCCCGACGCUGAGGCUGAAGUCCCAGACCCAAAGGGCAUCAAGGUGUCGCUCCUGGCUCAUCAGAGGAGAGCUUUGGCCUGGCUGCUCUGGAGAGAAGGCCAGAAACCCUGUGGAGGAAUUCUGGCGGAUGACAUGGGUCUCGGGAAAACCCUGACCAUGAUUUCUCUCAUACUUGCCAAGAAUAUCAAGGCAAAAGAGGAAGAAGAAAAGAAGGAAGAGAAGAAACUGGAGAAAUGGAUCUCCAAAAAUGACUCCAGUCUCGUGGUUUCUAAAGGAACUCUGAUCAUCUGUCCUGCCUCCCUGAUUCACCACUGGAAGAAGGAGAUUGAGAGACAUGUGAAGACGGGCAGGCUAACGGUGUGUCUGUACCACGGUCCCACCCGAGAGAAAAGCGCCAAAGUGCUGGCAGACUACGAUGUUGUGGUGACCACAUACGGUUUGGUCUCAAAGGAGAUUCCAGUCCAAAAGGAGGCGGGGGAAAAACCAUCCAAGGAUUCUGACGACGUGCCACUGCACUCGUCUCCUCUUCUGCGAGUGGCCUGGGCCCGUGUGGUACUUGAUGAAGCCCACAACAUCAAAAACCCAAAAGUGCAGACGUCCAUGGCGGUUUGUCAGCUGAGAGCCGGCGCCCGCUGGGCAGUCACUGGUACACCCAUCCAGAACAACCUGUUGGACAUGUACUCGCUGCUUAAGUUUCUGCGUUGUUCUCCGUUUGAUGAAUUCAAACUCUGGAAAGCUCAGGUCGACAACGGCUCUAACAGAGGCAGAGAGAGGCUGAACAUCCUGACGAGGAAUCUGCUGCUCCGAAGAACCAAAGACCAGAUGGACUCCACAGGAAAACCUCUGGUGUCUCUUCCUGUUCGAACCUGCGAGGUGCAUCGACUCAAACUAUCUACAGAUGAGCAGGCGGUGUAUGAUGUGGUCUUUGCCCAGUCCAGAUCCACUCUGCAGAACUACCUGAAGAGACAUGAAGGGAAUGAUGUGAACAAGGGGAACACGCCCACUUCUAAUCCCUUUGACAAAGUUGCCCAAGAGUUUGGCAUGUCGCAGCCUGAAGCUGCUGUGCCGAGCUCCCGACAGGCGUCCAGCACCGUCCACAUCCUGUCCCUGCUGCUGCGCCUGCGACAGUGCUGCUGUCACCUGUCCCUCCUGAAGAAGACUCUCGACUCGACGGAGCUGCAGGGUGACGGGAUCGUCUUGUCUCUGGAGGAGCAGCUCAACGCUCUGUCACUCUCCUCGAGCCCCUCGCCAUCGGGCCCUGACCCCAAAGACACCGUUGCCCUCAAUGGCACCCGUUUCCCCUCGCAGCUGUUUGAGGACACCAGUGAGAGCACCAAGAUUGCUGCUAUUGUCUCUGAGCUUGAGGCAAUCAGGCAGAAGAGUGCUGAUCAGAGAAGCGUCAUCGUGUCCCAGUGGACUAGUAUGCUGAGCAUCGUAGCGGUUCAUCUGCGGCAGAUGGGCUUGAGAUACGGCAUCAUCGACGGGUCCGUCAACCCCAAACGACGCAUGGACCUGGUGGAAGAAUUCAACACAAACCCUGAGGGACCACAGGUGAUGCUGGUUUCUCUUUGUGCUGGAGGAGUUGGUCUAAACCUGAUUGGAGGGAAUCACCUCUUCCUCAUGGACAUGCACUGGAAUCCAGCCUUGGAGGAUCAGGCCUGUGACCGGAUUUAUAGGGUCGGACAAAGGAAAGAUGUCACCAUCCACAGGUUUGUGUGUGAAGCUACGGUGGAGGAGAAGAUUUCCACACUGCAGGUGAAGAAGAAGGAGCUGGCCCAGAACGUGCUGUCUGGAACAGGAAGCACCUUUACCAAACUCUCCCUGGCUGAUCUCAAAAUCAUUUUCGGUGUGUGAGAUGGGAGAGAACUGAGGAAGCUGUUCCACACUGUCUGACCUGCAGCUACCGCACCAGACUCCUGUUCACAUAUAUCCAAAAUUCAGGUUAUAAAUCGAUUUG